AUUAUUAUUAAAUAACAUUAUAUGUACAAUUAACACGGAUGAACUAAAUGAUACGAUACCUGAACUUGAGCCAGUCUCGUGAGUUGAUUGAUGAGGCGAAGUCAACUAUAGCUUAUUAUCUCAUUAACAAGCCAAACUCGAGUCAAGCUCGAGGCUCGAGCCAAACAUAAGUUAAGGUUUUAGUAAACAAGCAAACUUCGAACAUGACUCAUUUAUUGAUGAGAUGAACUCAAAUUAAAUCAAAACUUGGCUCUACUCUACUUAUUAGCAGCCAUGCAUACUCUUAACCAAUGAGUUCGAAAUCUCGUGGACUAUGAAGUUGAGGUAAGAAAUGGAACGGGAAAAUUUUUAUAAAACUAUGUUUUUUAAAUUUUCAUAUAUACUUUUAUAAUUUGAAAAUUUAUACAAAAAAUAUUGCUACCUACAUGUCGGGGGGAUAAUGAAGGGCCAACCCAAAACGAUUAAACGAAUAUGAUAUGUUGUUCACAAAUAAAAAAAAUAGUGCAUCUUAGGACAAUGAUAUUGCAACCAUUGAAACAUAGAAUGUGAUCAUAUUCAUUAACAUGAAACGAGUUGCAUGGUCAGAUCAUUUCUUCAAUCAAUGUGAUAGGCAUGAUUUGUGGCUAAAGUUUGCACAGCAAGGGUUGGUAGAUGAAAUUUCAUGGCAAUGAUAGGGGAAAACCCUAGUUCCAUUAUGAAAGAAACUAAAGUGACAAACUAAUUUCUCGGAAACCAUAUUGAAAAGAGAACAUUAUUCUGUUUUUUUAUUUUAUUGUAGUAUUUACACUAUUCAUAAAUAUAUACAUGAACAUAGCUAUCGAUCCUAUAACUUAAUACAAUACAUAAAAUAAGCAAAUAUCACAGUUAGAAACUUCAUUCUAAUCUUCACUUCGACAAUACGGCUCAUCUCUAAGUGCUUAUAUCACCAUUAACAUCUCUACCUUUAUCUCCAUAGUUUUUUAUACCAAACACCUUACCAUUUUGUUAUCCUUGUUAAAUCGUGUAACUUGUGCUAAUACGGUCAUAUAACAAUUAUAUUCUGUCAUUAAUUUCACUAUUAUAGCGGUAAGUUUAAAUAUAGAGAACAACGAUGAUAAAACUAAUCUAGUUCAGCAUGGUCAAUUCGCUAAGAACAGCUUUCUAGCUGCUUUUGUUUCUCAGAAACUGCUUAUUGUUACGAGUAACAAAAUAAACUGUUUCCCCCACCAUGUCUAUAUGCAGGGAGGGAUUCAAACAACUCUCCCCCUGCAAUGCAGAAACACGGGAAUUUAUGAAUUCUAUUGGAAAAGGAAUACAUCAAGCCAACUAGCUAUCUAUUCCUUCGCCAAAAAUCUUCCAUCGGAAACCAAAGCUUUGCAGGGGGAAAAAGCAACUCACAAAACCUUUGGCUGUCUCUCUUCAACCCGUGAAAUCCUCCAUCUACCCCAAACUCCCUCCUGCGUGUAGCAGAAAAAAGAAGAGCCACAAGGUCGAUUUCUGAAUCACGAGAAGAACCCCUCCAUUUCGCCAUUACACUUUGGCUUUGACAACACCAUUUGGGCCUCAAACUUUGGUUCACACACCACAGCUUCCAAUGCCCUCCAAACAAAGCUGCUCGUGAUCAUGCUCUUUUCAAGCGCGUCUAUAAACAAUAAACCCACACCCUAAAGUCUCUGCCUUUGGGAAACAACAAUGGAGAAAAAACAAACAAUGAAGCCAGCUUCUCCGAAGCCAGGGGACAGCCAUUUCGUGGACAUCCAUGAAGUACUCCACGAAGGAGAUGAAGAAGGAGGUGGAGAAGAAGAGAGAACAACAAUGGAACGCAACCAAAAACCAAACCGGCCUCCAUCGGUCAGGCAAUUCAGAAUCCGCGGGUUUGGAGGUCAAAGAAGUGGUGUUAGCUUCAGCAGGCAGGUUUCCUUGGAGACGGGGUUUUCAGCUCUCAUGGGCAAGGAAGCUGCUUCAUCGUCGAAAGCCAAUAAAGAUGAAGGGAUUAAAGUCCUACCCAGGAGCGGGCGGAGCUUUGGUGGGUUCGAUUCGGCUAAACGGCUCAAUGUUGGUGGUAUUGAUGCAGGGGAAAAGAAAGGGGACUUCAGCAUGUUCAGGACGAAAUCGAGCCUCAGCAAGCAGAAUUCGUUGCUGCCGAUUAAGAAAGGUGACAAUCGGUCGGACCAGAUGGAGCAUUGGUCGGGGCAGAGGAAUAAUAAUGAUCAGAAUUCGAAUCAUGUUAAUGGAGGUGGUGAUCACGACUCUGUUCAUAAUGGUGUUCCUGCUGGGAGGUACUUUGCUGCUCUUACCGGACCCGAGCUCGACCAAGUCAAGGACUAUGAAGACAUUCUGCUGCCAAAGGACGAGCUAUGGCCAUUCCUCCUGCGCUUCCCAAUCGGUUGCUUCGGUAUCUGCCUCGGCCUGAGCAGCCAAGCAGUCCUCUGGCGAGCGCUAGCCACUUCCCCUGCCACCAAAUUCCUCCAUGUCACGCCAUUCAUCAAUCUCAUCCUCUGGCUCUUAGCCAUAGCAGUCCUGUUCUCAGUCUCCGUCACCUACAUCCUCAAAUGCAUCUUCUACUUCGAAGCCGUUCGUCGUGAGUACUUCCACCCGGUCAGGGUGAACUUCUUCUUCGCACCCUGGGUAGUCUGCAUGUUCCUAGCCAUCGGAGCACCACCGAUGCUCUCGCCGGAGAAGCUCCACCCGGCCAUAUGGUGCGUCUUCAUGGGGCCUUACUUCUUCCUGGAGCUGAAGAUCUACGGACAGUGGCUGUCCGGCGGGAAGAGGCGGCUGUGCAAGGUGGCGAACCCGUCUUCUCAUCUGUCAGUGGUGGGGAACUUCGUGGGGGCGAUUCUGGCGGCCAAAGUAGGGUGGCUGGAAGCGGCUAAGUUCUUGUGGGCGGUUGGGUUCGCGCAUUACCUCGUGGUGUUUGUGACUCUGUAUCAGAGGCUGCCGACGAGUGAGGCGUUGCCUAAAGAGCUUCAUCCUGUUUACUCGAUGUUCAUCGCGGCGCCAUCGGCGGCCAGCAUUGCUUGGGAGACUAUAUAUGGGGAGUUUGAUGGGUUGUCAAGGACUUGCUACUUCAUUGCUCUGUUUCUCUAUGUGUCUCUCGUCGUUCGAGUCAAGUUCUUCACCGGGUUUAGGUUCUCAGUAGCGUGGUGGUCUUACACAUUUCCAAUGACGACGGCAUCUGUGGCGACAAUUAAGUAUGCAGAACACGUACCUUGUAUCCCAAGCAAGGUCCUCGUGUUGAUCUUGUCCUUCAUGUCGACGACGAUGGUGCUGAUGCUUUUCGUCUCCACAUUGCUCCAUGGCUUUGUGUGGAGGACUCUGUUUCCGAACGAUCUUGCCAUCGCCAUAACGAAGAAGAGACUCGUGAGGGACAAGAAGCCACUGAAGAGCAGCUUCAGAAGGUGGACGAAACAGGCAUUGAACAAGCAUAACUCUGGCAACAAGGAUUCUGGGGAUGAGAAGGAGUCAUCCACUCACAAAUAAUGUAAGGCUUCAGCAGCAGCUAUAGUAUAGAUAUAGUACCACAUAGCAAAUUAGCAAUUGUAACACUUUUUUGUUCCUUUUGUGGUAAGAAGCAAUGGAGAUAUAAUGAUACAUAUCCUUCCUUUCUAUUGCUGAAGCUGGUGAAGCUACAUU